AUGGAAACGCCAUUGAUCAAGAAAGAGCCGGUGGUAGUGCGUCAUUCCACGCCCCAUGUGGAAGAUGAUCCCAAUGACCCGCCCUUUAUGUACGAGGAGCCUGCAUUGUGGAGAAAAAUGGUGUACGAUGUGUUUUUAUGGCUCUUCACCAAGAUUUUCGACUGCUUCUUUAGGGAAAUCAGAACUCGCGGUGGGUACAAGGUCCCGACUCAGGGCCCCAUUAUUUUUGUUGCUGCUCCUCAUGCGAACCAAUUCGUAGAUCCGGUCAUUCUCAUGGGCCAGGUGAAGAAAACGGUCAACAAACGUGUUUCGUUCAUUGUUGCGGAAAAAUCACUAAGGAGACCUGCAGUCGGGACGUUUGCGCGUUGCGCGAUGUCAAUUGGCGUUGUUAGGGCACAGGAUAACUUGAAACUGGCCAAGGGUAAGAUCAGGGUCGACCCGGAUAACUACCAAAGAAUCAUCGGAACCAACACCGAAUUCACAAAAUUCCAUCAAAAGGGCCUCAUCGGCUUGCCAAAGUCCCUAGGAAACGUCGAGAUCGAUAGCAUCGUAAGCGAUACUGAAUUGAUCUUGCGUAAAGAAUUUAAGAUGCAGAAACCGGAAGUCAAGGCUACUUUGUUGAACGGAACCGCCUUCAAAUACGCUCCAAAGGUCAACCAGUCUCGUGUGUACCAUAAUGUGUUCGAACACUUGGCACACGACCAAUGCAUCGGUAUCUUCCCUGAGGGUGGCUCCCAUGAUAGAACGGAUUUGCUACCAUUGAAAGCCGGUGUCGCUAUCAUGGCCCUUGGAUGUAUGGACCUGCACCCAGACGUUAACGUGAAAAUUGUCCCCUGCGGUAUGAACUACUUCCACCCACAUAAGUUCAGAUCAAGAGCGGUAGUCGAGUUCGGCCAUCCAAUUGAGAUCUCAAAAGAGUUAGUCGCUAAAUACAGAAACCCAGCUACAAACAGAGAAGCCGUUAAAGAGCUGUUGGAUACCAUUACAGAAGGUUUGAAAGCCGUCACAGUCACUUGUCCUGACUACGAGACGUUGAUGGUGGUCCAAGCCAUCAGAAGAUUGUACGCAGGUCACUUGGUCUCCAAGUUGCCGCUACCUUUGGUCGUGGAGAUGAACAGAAGAAUUGUCAAUGGAUUCCAAACUUUGAAGGACAACGAGGAUAUAUCCAAACUGAAGGAAGAUAUUCUGAGAUACAACUCGCACUUGAGAGACUAUAAUAUCCCAGACCAUCAAGUUGAAACAGCAACCGUUAACAUGCCUCGCAGUUUGGGUCUCUUGAUAUGGAGAUCUGUAAAGCUGGUCAUUCUUUUGACUCUAGCUCUGCCCGGUAUCAUUCUAUUCUCUCCAGUGUUUAUUGCCGCUAAAAGAAUAUCCGCUAAGAAGGCCGCAGAAGCAUUGGCCGCCUCUACGGUCAAGGUUAAGGCCAACGAUGUUAUUGCAACCUGGAAAAUCCUUAUCGGUAUCGGUGUUGCACCACUCUUGUACUCGCUUUGGUCCAUACUAUUCGUCUGGUACUUCAGAGAUAGCCUCACCAAAAACAAGUUUUUAAGCUUUAUCAUUGCAUACACUUGUUGCGCUACAGUUACAUAUUCAGCUCUAAUAAGUGGUGAUCAUGGAAUGGACAUUUUCAAGUCUAUCAGACCACUAUACUUGGCUAUUAUAUCACCAAAGGGUUUGCAAUCUUUAAAAGAUGAACGUACGGUAUUGUCAGAAAAGAUCAAUGGAAUCGUUAAUGAAUAUGGUCCUAGACUUUUCCCUGAUUUCAACGUAGAGUCUCUUGCUAGUUAUGCUAGUGGUCAUUCUCUAUCAGACGAACAGAUAGAGGAGCAAGAAGACAGAAAGACAUCUGAACUGAAGAGAAGAAGAAGACUCGCGAAACUCAAGAAGAGAUUACAAUCACAACAAGAAAACCCUGAACAUGUUAAAUCUUCUUCUACUGCUACGACAGAUGACGAAAGUGAUGCGUUAUCGAUGAUAAAUAGUGAUAAUUCGCUCUCCAAUAUACCUAUCUUCUCUAAUAGAGACAGGUCAACAUCUUCAACAAGUAUCGGCUCUAUGGGCUCAAGCAUUGAAGUUUCGCUAAAUACUUCAGAUGAAAAGAGUCACUCAAUUUCAGGUAUUGCUGAUCAAGUUAGAAAGAACAGAGCCGAUUGA